AUGGUGCUCAACGAGGUGCCUGGCGAAAGCGCUCACGAAACUGUUUGCAACACCUUCCGGAAUUGUUCACCCACCGUUGAAUCAUAUUCGCUAACGAUACUAAUUAAAUUGUUGAAGUUAAACGAUCCUAGCCCAGAUAAACGUUACGAGUUGUCCCUCCAGUGCGGUGGCGAGUGUGUUAGCGAUUUUGGAACGUUAGCAGAGUUGAAUGGGAAGAAAAUAGGAAAUGUAGUGGGGUUGAUGGCAAACAAAGAUCAAUUUUUACGCUUUUUAAAUGAUGGCAGCGUAAAAGUGCGAAUCAAACACAACAACGCAUCUGUUUGUGAGGGUCUGCUAAAGCUUAAGGAUACUAAAAUAAUGCGCUUCGAUCCGUCCUUCGAUGGGGGCGAUCUGAUCGAAGAAGAGUUUCCUGUCCUCGACGGAGCUACUGAGAUGGGAAUGGUAUCGAUGGUGUUACGUGCCGAACGCAAUACAUUAUCCGGCCAGUCACCAUAUACCGAGGGUUUUAGUGAAGAAGGAUUCGCCAAAAGCGACGUCUUGUUCGAAAUAAACAAGGACCGCAAAGGUUCCGAUGCUGACAACGCCAUACGCCCUGAACUGCUUGUCUGUCCCACGUGCAACGUGUUUCGAGUUUCCGAAGAGAUCAGCUGCGAGUACGAGCUGUGCGAUGGGAUUCUUAAAAAGAAAGCAAUAAGCGUCACGGAGAAAAUGAUUGAAGAUAUCAAGGAAAAGGUGAAGCAUGUCAGGCUGGACGAAACUAUCGGCCAUCGUGAGUCUUGCUCGCAAAGUGGUUCCUAUCAGAGUCAGAAUAUAUGCAAAGUGUGCCAUGGAAAGACUAUUACUGGAGCGAGCUGUCCGGUGCAGGAGGAUUUUCGCUCGGACCUUCAGGAACAAGCUCCAAGGACUCUUUGUACGGAUUCUUUGUUUAAACCUAACACCACGCCACAUUCUCCUAAAAUGUUUAACCGCUGUUGUGAACGUUGCAAGGCUUGCUUAGAUUGGCUUCCACUCGUUUCCUGCUGUCCAAAAUGUGGUCUCAAACCAGAACCACCAAAAAUCGCAUCCAAACCUUCCCAACGUCCGUUUUACGAUAGCUCAACCGAUGCGAAACCAUCAGCGAACACAACCAGUCCUUCACUGAAAGGAUCCGAUACGAUGAUCGCAUCCUCGCAGUCCUGCCCAAUCUGCCAGAUUCGCCAAAAUCGAUGCGUGGAUUGCGCGAAACAGAUCCACAACAUGCGAAAUCAAAGCUCGGUCACCUCCAGCUCUACGCCAUUGUGUCUUAAGAUGAAAUCGCUCAAUUUGCCCCGUUCGGAACGACCCGUCACAAGACGUCCUCCUCUAACAGCCCGCAGAUCUUCUGUUGCAAACCAGCAGCCAGUCGAGCUGGAACAAAGUUCGCAAAGCAAACGGACGGAGCAACUACGGAACGCUUACAUGGGCAACGAGACGCGUGAUUCAAAGGUUUGUCCUCCUUCUACUGCCAACAGCAAGGGUCGUCUCUCGUCGGCGAAAAUACGCCAAAACCACAACGCUUUUCUGCGCAAAGUGAAGCGCCAAAACCGCAAUUUGUACUCGUAUCGCUUUGGUAAACGACACCCCGGCAUGGUGAUGGGACACCGGAACUGCAUGAAGCAGAAGCCACUCGUUCCGGCUCACAUGGGCUGGCAAUGGGACAUCUGUCCGCCAGGUAUAGACAAACGACGACCCGGUUGGCGUCCUGGUGCCGUUCGGAAGCCCAUCAUGCAGCUGAUGCAGCAUUUCUUGAAAUGUUACCCACUCGAUAAUGUGCCGGUUUCGACGAAAAAGUCCGUCACCUUCCGAGGCACGGACCAGGGACAGGAUGGAGAACAUCAGGCGAGGGGUCAGAAACCGACACUUCACAUCACCAAAAAACACGGCGAGUAUCAGAUCACGAUGAAUCCGCUGAAGGACUCGGAAACGCUCCAAACCACCGACGAUCCGUAUCUGCCGUGCAAACCGAUUAAGUUUAAACUUGCCAAGGAUCCGCAACGCACGAAGCUGUACAUGUUGCGGGAUGCGCUUAAGCGUAAGGGAUUGCCAUUGUGCGGUUGCAAGGAUCUAGCGAGCUGCGAGCAUUGUACCGACCGCGAGAAGCGGUUGCUCGUGGAGGAAGUACGCCGUACGGCGAAGGUCCUUGGAUUGGCGGCACAAACGACGGUUGCGGAUGUGCCGAGUGGCAGUGAAAGUGAGCUGGAUGUUGAAUUUACGCCACCAUCGGCCAUUCUACGACCGGAUAUGCGUCGUCCUGAUGUUGUGGUGGCUGAAACGCAGUACAACGUGCAGGACUUUCAGCUGAAACCGAUGCCAGCUGAGACCAGCUCGAAGGGCUCGAAAGGAAAAGGACCCGGACGUGGGGGAGCGUUGGCUCACGGGAAAGGUGACGCAGGGUCGAGUAAAACCGUGGCGGCAAAGGGUGCCGCUGGAAAGAAACCCACUGGAGGUGCUCCGGACGCGAAUGUUCGCAUAUCGGUGUCGAAGGGCAAAGGCCAGGCUGGCAAAGCGAAGGGCAACGAGGCGGCUGGCAAAGGCGGCAAAAACACGCCCGGGAGUUCGCAGCGGCCCAGCCAAGGACAACAAGGACGGCCAGGGCAGGGUGGUGCUGCUAUUGGAGAAGGUGCGAGCGGCGGCACCAACCAACGCUCCACCAAGGGUCAGAACACCGGCAACAGCAACAGCACCAAGGUUAACGUUCAGCAGCGGAGUGCCCUAUCGAGGGGAACAGCAGCCGGAUUGGGAACCGGAUUAGUAUGCCGUCAGGUAGCGGGUGGUCCACAACCACCUCCAAUGCCGACCAUCUGUUGCCCGGUGUUCACGUACGACUGCUGCAGCUAUCCCACGCAGUGCUUACCUUAA